ACGCGUCAUUGUGCGCGAAACAAAUAGUCCUAGUGCGGAGUCCUAGUGCAGUAUCGAAUCCAAGGGAUCUGCCCUUCCGUUGGCUGCCCUGCAGCACGAGGAAUGUCCUCGCCGUGGUGUUUUCGCGGAACGAUCGCUUGGUGGUAACUGUGUGUGUGUUGUGUCAGUUGCGUCGAGCGCCGCGGCCGCGAUCGCGGAUGAACGUGGCACGUUUGGCACGAGCCCGCCGUCGCCGCCGAUGUCGGACGGACGCGUGAGGUUACAGCGCCGUCGCAAAUGACGCAGGCACGUUGCGUCAGGAACCGGAAUCCACCACCGGGAGCUCGUCCUCGCGUAGGAAAAAUGUCCGGGGACAUCGGGGACAGCGCGGCGUCCUGCUGAUCCCUCGGACGGCUCCGCGACACACGCACGCACGCACAUAUAUAUAUACAUAUAUACAUUCGGCAACGUCCCUCUUCCUCCUCGCUGCUGCGGAGGAUACAUGAAUGCAGCCGAGGCGAGGUGUCCCACGGCAGGUCUUGGCUGAGGCUACCACUGACAUCCGGAUCGACCGAGGAACCGUCUUUAAUAAUAAGCUUUCCAUCAAGACUGCCAAACUAAGACUGAAUUACUGAUGCAUGGGAUAAUCAUCUUUGAUGUCAAGUACGGUCUGCAUCAAUGGGAAACUGUUUUUCGUGCUUCAAGGUGCCACUUUCACCAUCAACCGAUACUGAUCAAUCGAUUUCUUUGGAGCAGAAAGACGAAACAAUGGAACUCAAAGGUCUGUUCCCAAAUUCUUGCCAACAAUCUGGUCAUUUUGUGUCCGGAACACACGUGAACGGGAACAAGAAGUCCAUGAGCACGCUAUCUACGUUCAAUAGCGUGGGUUCGGAUAAUUGUGGGUCUGUACCUGGUGUACAGAGCAACGUACGCUUAUCACGAGGAUUCUACGCGCGAUUGCCGCCGUUGGGACGCUCCGGUACGUCGUCGGGUCUCAGUUUAACCGCUGGACCUAAGCAGCAAAAGGAACCGUCGGAGAACAAGCGGAACGCACUCUUCGACCAAUAUAAGGAUCCUCACGAAGAUGUAAUAUUAGCCGACGGUAUAGAAAGACUUUGUGAAGACCUACAGCUGUCACCGGACGAGUUUAAAGUUCUGGUGCUCGCGUGGAAGCUAAAUGCGGAGCAGAUGUGCCAAUUUACUCGACACGAAUUUAUCACGGGAUUAAAGGCGAUGAAGGUCGACAGUAUACGCGGUAUACAGGCCCGGCUGCCCGAGAUCGUUCAGGAACUGACGGUUAAUAGUGAUUUGUUCAAGGAUCUCUAUCGAUUCACAUUCCGAUUUGGCCUGGACGUGGUGUCCGGCCAGAGGAUUCUACCGGCCGACAUGGCGAUCGUCCUCUGGAGACUCGUCUUCACGAUACGCGAGCCGCCGCUCCUCACGAGAUGGCUGAAGUUCCUUGAAUGCCACGAUGUCCGGGGGAUACCUAGGGACACCUGGAACAUGUUUCUGAACUUCGCCGAGAGCAUCGGGGACGAUCUUGGCGCUUACGAUGACGCGGAAGCGUGGCCAAGUUUAUUCGACGACUUUGUGGAGUACGAGAACGACCAAAUGAACCAAAAUAUCACUAAAGAUGACAUUAUAAAAGAUGCUUCUAUAGACAAACCUUAAUAUUCAUAUUUUAAGGAAGGAUCACGGUGGAGCAAGAUAUUAUUGUCUUAAAUCCGACACCUUUGAACAGGAUCGUCCGUAUUAUUCUUACAAUAAUCAACAUUUUAUCCUUAUUUAAUAAUCGAUCGGGGAAGUGAUAUCUCUCCGAUUGAAUACAAAAUAUUCUUCGCACAUCUAAACUCUUAUAUUUCUGUUGUUUCAUCAUCUGUUUGGUUGUCGACAUGCGGCAUUAUCCUAUUUUCUAAUGUAAAUAUAGCGUAUUUUACAUGAUAUUAUUUAAUUACGCCUUGUAUGCGCGUGUGCAUACAUAUAUAUAUAUAUGUAUGUAUGUAUGUAUGUAUGUAUGCACAUCACACGCGAUACGCGAGAAAUCUCUCCACGUUACAGAUUUUAACUGGCAGCAAAUUAUAUUUGUAUGUAUCUGUUUUAUAUGAAUGAAGUACAUUUAUUAUCAGAAUUGUAUUUUCAUCGUAAGAAUGUAUUAUUGUUACGUAACUGCAUAAGAUUUUAUUGCUUUCUUUUAUUUCUUUUUAUUUUUUUUUAUAAAUACGGAUAUGUUUUGUCACAAACAUAGUGGAAAAUAUAUAUUUAAAUUAUCAAAAAUUUUAAUACAACGACGAAUAAAAUUACUAAAACAGUGUUAAGUAUUGUAAACAGCGUUUAAGUAUUGGGUUAUAUUUAUAUUGUGUAUUGGCGCGAUUUUUAAAAUUUAAAAUUUUAAACAGCAAGAAAUUUUUUUUUUUUAUUUAAUUAUUUAACGUGGCAAAUGUCAAACUCUUACGUUAUUAAUAAAAUGAAACUAGAGGGGACAGCUCUCCUAAAUUUUAUCAAUAUUUAUAGUUUUAUGUUGCUCGAAAUUGCUUGAUGGAUGCAAUAAUGAAUUUUAAUGAUUUUUACUCAAAAGGAUCAUUGAUGAGCAGCUUGCUCAUCAAUCGAUAUAGUUUUAAUGAUAUUUAUUUGUAUUCAUUUUAGAAAGAGAUUUCUGAUGGAUUUCCUAGAAGCUUAAUGUUCAAAAUUCUACUGUGUUUCUGUAUAAGAACGAAAGUCUUCGUAGACGAUUCCCGAGAAGAUUCUGUUCAAAGGAAUUUAUUCAGGGAAAUAUGAAAAAUGUAAUUUUGCAUAAGAAAAACUCUAGAAGGAAUUCUCUCAAUCCAAAUUUGUGAUAUAGUGUGUAUAAAAUAUAUACAAUUUCCAAUUGAUAUUUCUUACAUUUUUUGAAAAUACUGUUAAAGGUGGACAAAUGUAAAGAAAAGAACAUGAAAUAUUAAAUAUCGUAUUAAACGCAAAUCGUAAGCACA